AUGGCGUUGAUUCAGAAUUUCACCGUUUUCGCUCUGGUCGCGAUCGCUUUCACAGCUGCCCGCCCGAAGCCCAGCCACGAAGGUCACGGACACGCGCACUCGUUCCAUCAUUUCCACGGACCGGUGGAGGGCCAUCAUCAAGAGAUCACAUGGAAGGACAAGCACGGUCACCACCACCACGACUACGUGGCCCACCCUAAGUACAAAUUCGCCUACGGCGUGGACGACAAGCACACGAAGGACUACCACGGGCAGAAAGAACAUCGUGACGGGAAAGAAGUCGAAGGGGAGUACCAUCUCCACGAGCCCGGUGGCAACUUCAGAAGCGUGAAGUAUCAUUCGCAUCCCCACGGCGGGUUCUUCGCCGAAGUUCAUAAUUACGGUGGGAACGAUCACUCGAAGCAUAGAUAAUAAGCCGAACAUCGUUACCGCUCCUCUCGC